AUGGAUCAAGAGGAUUUCGAGGUUAAUAUGGAGAAGAAGACGUUGGAGGAGAAGAAGACGGAGAAGCUAUUUACCUGCGAGGUGUGCGAUCGAGGAUUCACCCGACGCGAUAACUGGCGACGACAUGCUAAAACACAGCACGGCGAUAAGGAAAAGAAGACGACGGAGAAGUAUUUUUGCCGGGUGUGUGCCCAGCAUUUUACCCGGCGGAAUAACUGGCUCCGGCACCAGCGGACGCAGCAUCAGCCCCAGACAAACAAAAGAUUCACCUGUCCGACCUGUGACCGGACGUUUUUUCGCCGAGAACAUUUGAUCCGCCAUCAACAGCGCCAUGGCAACAAACGAGAACGUGUGUGGCAUUGCGAAGACUGCGGUGAGUCUUUCUACCGGUUGUGGGAUUGGCGGACCCAUCAACGUGGGAAACACGACUCGAGACCUGUUUCAUCUACCACCACCACCACCACCACCGACGACAACAAACCCAGCACGAGUCAAGCUCAAGUGAGUUUAGCGGGGGAUGCCUCGCUGAAAGAAGAAGAAGAAAAGAAAAUCUCUCACCUGAAAGGAAACAAGGGGUUAUACACGUUGGUGGGUGGAAAUAACGGUCCUUACAGGGACUAUUUGUGUUUGUUUCGGUGUCUAGCCAUCCAUCUAGACCAGGCCAACCCCCAAAACUGCGAACGCCAGGCUGGGGUGUAUUACCGCAGGUAUCUGGAGGAAAUGGAGAUGGAGCCGAGGUAUUUCCGCGGGGUACCGCUCAGUGCGCUGGACACGGUGGAAAGCCUGUUUCAAGUGAACAUUCAAGUCUACCAGCUCAUCCCCAUGGACAGGUCGUACUCAGCACAACUCAUUCACCGCAGUGCCGAGCGCUAUUCUCCCCCUACCCUGCGGUUAAACCUGUACCAGCGGCAUUUCAGCUAUAUCAAAGACAUGGGGUGUUAUGCUCGAUCUUUCACCUGCCAGGUGUGCCAGAAGAGUUUUCGGACACUGUGGGAGUUACGACGGCACGGUCAAACGUGCACCGACGCCAUUCGACGACCACCUAUUUAG